AGCCACAGUCUGAGAAGUUCUACUAGCGGGCAACCGUACACAUAAGGCGGGCAGCCUGCCAUGAGUAGCGUUCCAGCAGUUGCGGACGUUCAGAUAUGUCAACCAUCCCUACUGGCACUGGUACUCCCACGUCGCAAUUCGAACAUGCGUCCAAACUGGUGAAAUCGCGCAGCGCAGACACCUUCAUAUGGUGGCCUCACGCCAGAAUGAUAGCUUGUUUUAACUCGGUUGUCACCGGUCCUAUCACCCUCGAGACUCUCCUGCGUUGGUUCAAUCAGAUUGACGACUUCGGUGGUAUCGACAUUGUGGAACUCAAGCGCGUGUCAUUGAAGGCGCAUAAACCCUUCCGCUACCAGCUUUAUAGCACGGAAAAUGCUCUCAAGUCAUCAGAUACACUGCCGCCGGGAGACUACGGCUACUUUCUCACAGGCUGCAGCGACAAGUAUGGUGGUGAUAGGCCAUGCCCGUUCUGGGGCAAAACCUCCGUUGGGUCUCUUGGAGCCAUCAGGCGUCAAUUUUCACUACUCGAGGAUGACAUCCAAGAUUCGUUUCGUGAAACCGUAUCUGUCCGUGAUGGCGUUCGGUGUAUGUUUACGGAAUCAGAUGAUUCCGUAGACGUGCAUUGGAUUACCCCUCCAUCAGCGUAUAUGGGUAUCCCAUCGCCAAUGGGAAAACCAUCUUUGAUCUCAGAAGAGGACUUGAAGGAGACGAGUAACCUGCUCCCUAUGCGUUCCGAUAUCCACGAGUUGUGGGAUUCGAACUCCUUCAGUGUCGAUGUGGAUGAUGAGUAUCGUAUCCGAAUCUUCAACCAAGAUGCUCUGAAGGCUGAAUUGCCACCCCGGCUCAAGACAGUACCAACGGACAAAUAUAUGAGCGCAUAUCUUCGUAUACACUUUCGGCAGACGUUAAUCGUCGGGCUCCUUGGUGGCGACAUCUCAUACGAUCAUUCUCCCAGGGAGGUGAAGAGAAUGACGAAAGCCCUACUAAAUCCGGAGUCGGGUGAGAACCACGUCCCAUUCGAUGAUGACAGAUGGAAAACGGACAUCGGAAAGGAGAUCUUCAGGUAUAAUUUUGAGGAGACGUCACAGUUGGAAACAGAGGCACCCUAGACGAAGAUGACAAGGUUGACGGGUUCCUGUAUACUAUGUACUGUGCAACGGCAGGCCGUGCCAGUGCGUAUGUAUCAUGACAAGACCCGCCACCUGACUUACAUAAGCACUUAGCGC